AUUGUGGGUACUGACGUAGAGGAAGCUGUGAGAGAUUUUUUCUCUGGCCACCAGAUGCCAGAAUCCUUCACGUCAACCUUUAUCAUAUUGAUCCCGAAGACAUCGGGACCUAGUUUUUGGUCUGACUAUAGACCUAUCAGCUUAUGCAACGUGACUAACAAGAUCAUUUCUAAAAUCCUCAACAGUCGCCUCGCCCCUCUCCUCCCCCACCUUGUCUCUCCGAACCAGAGUGGAUUUAUCAAGGAUCGAGUCAUUAGUGAUAAUAUCCUUCUGGCUCAGGAGAUGAUACACGACAUCUCUCAUGCGAAUCGAAAACGAACCCCGAACCUCGUGCUGAAGCUAGACAUGGCCAAAGCAUACGAUAGGGUCGAGUGGUCGUUUCUCAGAAAGGUACUAUUUUGGAUGGGAUUUCCUAACCAUUGGAUUAACUUUGUGGAGGCAUGUGUGGAGCACUGCACAUUCUCCGUCUUGAUUAAUGGUAGACCCAUGACCUUUUUCCCUUCUACCCGCGGCCUUCGUCAAGGGGACCCCUUAUCCCCCUCCCU